AUGGUAACGAUGAAGCGGUUAUAUGGGACGACAUUUACUUCGCCAGUCGUUAGGCUAUACUCAGAUUAUAGAUUAAAAUGUGGAGUUGAGAUACAUACACAGCUGAACACUAAGAAUAAGCUUUUUUCGAUGUCAACCAAUGACCCGUUCUAUUCUACAAACAAACCUAACCAUCAUACAUCAUAUUUUGAUCUUGGCUUGCCAGGCACACAACCAAAAUUGAACUACGAAGCUGUAUUAUUUGCUACAAAAUUAUCUCUGGCGCUGGAUUGUGAAAUUAACACGAAUUCGCAAUUUGAUAGAAAGCAUUACUUCUAUGGGGACCAGCCAUUGGGCUAUCAAAUCACUCAGCAUUAUAAACCCUUUUCUAAGAACGGGAAACUAGUCUUGUCCAAGGAUAUUGAUGGUUUAGAAGAGGAGGAAAAGACUAUUCGUAUUCAACAAUUACAGUUGGAGCAAGAUACAGGCAGGUCAUUGUACAAAGAAGCAGCCAAAAACACCCUUAUAGACCUUAACAGGAGUAACGUACCUCUAAUUGAACUGGUUACAAGUCCGGAUUUUACGGAUAUUAAACAAGUUAGAGGCUUUAUAAAAAAAUAUCAGAAUUUGGUUAGGCAUUUAGGCAUUUCGACCGGCGACUUGGAGACUGGGGCAAUGCGGGUAGAUGUCAAUAUUUCGGUCAACGAACAUCCUCGUGUUGAAUUGAAGAAUCUUCCUAAUACCAGUUCGAUAGUGAAUGCGAUAAAAUAUGAAUAUAACAGGCAAAUUAAUUUAAUUCGUCAUGGAAAAGUAGGGAACCAAGUAGUCGCAGAAACUCGUAGCUGGAAUGGCAAAGAAACCGUCAAAUCAAGAAGCAAAGAGACAACAAUUGAUUAUAGAUAUUUGCCAGAUCCAGAGCUCCCUCGUAUUGUUUUGGAUGUCAGUCUCAUUAAUUGCAUUAAGGCCGCUUUACCUGAACUACCGGAGUCAACUCUGAAGACCCUAAUGGAUAAACCUUUUUGUCUUUCAAUAAAGGACGCUAAGAUUCUCACAACGAAUAGUAACAAACAAAAUGUUCUUUAUUCACAUAACGAGAUUCGGCGGUACUAUCUGGAUACUUUUUCUGAAUUUACUUCCUUAAAAGAUAGCCCAGAACAAAGUAAGUUACCAUCCAACUGGAUUAUCCACGAAUUACUUGGUAAUUUAAACAAAUUGGACAUUCCCUUGAGUGAAGUGACGAAGAUAUUACCUGCAAAAGUCUUCGCUCAGUUUCUAAGUCUAAUAAACCUAAAAAAGAUUUCUAAUGCAAGUGGUAAGCUUCUCUUGUUCCAUAUUUUGCAGAAAUUUAAAGACUCCGGUUUUAAAGAUACCACGCCUGUAGACCUUAACAGCGUGAUAAACGAGUACGAUCUAGGCUUUGUAUCAAAUUGCAGUCCAGAGGAACUAAAAGAGGUAUGCCAGGGAAUUCUGGAUAAUUUGAAGGAUAGAUCAAUCAUUAAUGACUUGGUUUCGGGAAAAAAGAAAAACUCUAUUAAGUAUUUGGUUGGCCUUGGAAUGAGAUCACUUCAAGGUAGAGUUGAUGCUCAAUCGCUGCAGGAUAUGUUCAAAGAGAUAUUAGGUAUAAAGUGGUAA